CUGACACUUCCUUUUAAAGAUGAAGUUGUCCGUCGCCUUUCUCCUACUGCUUUGUGGCAUCGCUGUUUGUCAGAUAAGACAAUAUAUUUACAUAAAUAUUUCAAAGAACUGGGAUUCUGCUCAGAUGUACUGCAGGACGAAUUAUGUUGAUCUGGCAACCAUAACGACCGAUGAAGAAAACCAAACAUUGAUGAAGACAUUAACCAGCAAAACCCAUAUUUGGAUUGGCCUAAACAGAGCAACACCUGGAUUAGACAUCUGGCAGUGGUCUGAUGGAGAACAAGCUCAUUUCUUUAAUUGGAUGUCUAAACAACCUGACAACUACAACGAAAAUGAGAACUGUGUCAUAAUGAAGCUCAAUGGCUGGAACGAUCUGGCCUGUGAAUAUGCUAAUCCUUUCUACUGUUUCUGGAGAUUUGUUUUGGUGACUGACAGUAAGACCUGGGGAGAGGCUCGUGAAUAUUGUAGAGCACACUACACCGGCUUGGCCAGCCCGAUCUCUAAAGAACAACUACAACUGGCUGAAAAUGAAUUGUUGCAAUCAAAAACAGUCAGUGUGUGGACCGGCCUGCAGUUUGUGAACGGACAGUGGAUCAGUAUGAGCAGGUCGCCGUUGAAGGGUCUGGUCUUGCUGCCCUCGUGCCCAAGCCAACGCUAUCGAUGUGGAGCUCUGAGCACCAGGACAAAUAUUUGGGAGAACAGAGACUGCAGUGAGAAGCUGAAUUUCCUCUGCUACUGAUGGUGAG